AUGGCAGCAGAACAAACGAAGCGUGAUAUUGUCAUCAUCGGUGGCGGCAUCAUUGGCUCGACAACAGCGUACUAUUUGUCCCAGCAUCCUAGCUUCAACAAAGAAAGAGAUAGCAUAACGUUACUCGAAGCAACCAAGAUUGCAGGCGGUGCUUCGGGCAAAGCUGGCGGUCUUCUUGGUCUUUGGGCUUACCCGUCUUGCAUCGUCCCACUCAGCUACCGUCUGCACAAGGAACUGGCAGACAAACACGGCGGUGCUGGGAGAUGGGGCUACCGUGCUGUGCACUGCGGGCAGGUGGACAUGCAUGGAGUUUUGAAGAAGAAUGAGAAGGGGAACGAUGGAGUGAAUGGACGAAGUGAGAACUCAGUCAGUCUGGAAAAGAGGAGCAAGAAGGCUAUCGGGUUGUUGAGAGCAGCUGGGGUACCGAAGGAUCUGGACUGGAUUGCGCCCGAGGGCAUUCAAAGCUACGAGGCCAUGGGCACGCCGGCCACAACAGCACAAGUCCAUCCCUACCAGUUCACCACCUCGAUGGCGCAGCUGGCAGAAGAAAGCGGCGUGGAAAUCGUCUACGGAUCAGCGACUGAAAUCAAGCAAGAAGCCGGCGCCGUCACGUCCGUGACCUACAAGCCCAAAGACGGUGGCGCCGAGACAUCCCUCCAAGCCAACACCAUCAUCCUCACCGCGGGGCCCUGGACUCGCACCAUCUGGCCCCAAGCCCCCAUUUCCGCCUUACGCGCUCACAGCGUCACAAUCCGGCCCUCACGACCGGUAUCGGCCUACGCGCUCUUCACCUCCAUCGACCUCCCGCGCUCCCCGACGUCCAAACGCAGCGAAACCGUAACGCCCGAGAUCUACGCACGCCCCAAUAACGAAGUCUACGCGUGCGGCGAAGGCGACCAAUUGAUCCCGCUCCCGACUUCGUCAGACCUCGUGCAAGUCGACGACAGAAGGUGCCAGGACAUCAUCGACCACGUGGGCACCGUGUCCGAGGAGCUGCGGGACGGCGAGGUGACCGUGAGACAGGCGUGCUAUCUGCCGAAUGUGUCGCGGGGCCAGGGCCCACUGAUUGGCGAGACGGGGGUUAAGGGGUUGCUGAUGGGCGCUGGGCAUACGUGUUGGGGGAUUCAGAAUGCGCCGGGGACGGGUAAGUGCUUGAGUGAGUUGGUUUGGGAGGGGGGGAUUAAGAGCGCGAAUCUGGCGAGCUUGGAUCCUAGGAGGGUCAUGUGA